AUGUCUUGCCACAGACAAUCAUUUUGGCAAGGUGUUUUCUUGCUAGAUGACAUCAAUAAACUACAAAAGUUGCGAAAGGGAAGUGUUCCAUUUAUAGCAACUGAAGUGGACACACGUGGAGUUGUGACGUCCAAGGUCCGACGCAUUGUGACUGAUUUCUUUACCAAAACUGAAGAGUUCCUUGAAACAAACAGCCUUGAUGGCAUUGCAUUUUCGGCAGCCCAUCAAGACGCCGUAGAAGUUGAGCCAUUUGCAACAGAGUUUUGGAACCUCUCAACGAAAUUCAAGCGGCAACCACUGGUGAUCAUAAUACUUGAAUUCAAAAAAUUUCGUGACUCCCAGGUGUUAGCAUCCACUUUGACAGGAAAAUGUCAGUACUUGAUUCUCAGGAAGCAGGAUUUCAAGCCAAGCAGCAGUUGUGCUCCCAGAUUUCCCAACAGGCCUUUAGAAAAGGCUGAAGAAAUAGAAAUGAAAUACUUAGAGCAGCGCUCAAGAAACAGAACCAGCAUUUGUUUAUCAUUUACACUUGCUGUCCUCAACUUUCAUGGCGUCAAGAAACAAGGUCGUGGGAAAGUUUGUGAAAAGGAGCUUUUGGUAGGGUAUGACAAGGUUUGCCACUUAAAGAAGUUGCCCUCUGCCACUGCCUAUGAGCUGAAGCAGAAGGACAAUGGGACUGAGAUCUUCAGCUUCGAAGCGGAACGAGCAAUGCAUGAAAAGGUAUCGAAAGUGGCUGGGCAAGUUCAAACUGUGUGUGCUGCAGCAUUUGAUGUCGAGUUUGAAGAUGUGGAAGGAAAGUGCCCAUCAUUGGGUGGACCAUUUUCAAGGCUGCACGCUUUGAAAUCAGAACUCCAAAAAGAAUCUCCUAUUUCACCACCUCCUCAAACUCAUGUUUCAGCAACACCAACAGCAAGAACACCACCUGUUCGUGGCACCACUCGCACCCUCAUCUGUCUUACCAAUGAGGCAGUUGGUGUUGUGAAAUAUCUGACAAGAAAUCUAUGUGACUAUGUCAUCUAUAGCUUUGUGAAGUACAAUGAUGCUGACCAUAAGUUUGUGCCCAGAGAUGAUAAUGACUUUAAAAAUUUUAUUUCACAUAACAUUAACCGAGCACCUUAUUUUAUUGCUGAGGUGGACUCACUCAGCAUUGAUAUGCUGCAUGAAGCUGAUAUGGGCCAGUUUAUGAAAAGCCUGGAUGCAUGGAUUGAUGAAAAUAAACUGAAAGGAAUUGCCCUGUUUUCUCAAGGUCACCAGAAUGACCUGAACAAUCUAAUGACCAUAGUCCAGGAUGUCUACACACAUUUUCAGAACACUGAUAAAAGCCUAAAACUGGUAGUCGGAGUCGACCAUAUUACCCCAUUUGAGACGCGCAUUCCUCGUGAAUUCGCUGGGUACUGUGACUUCUUGAUUUUGAUGGCACAUCCACGUGAGCCACCUGUAGUCUGUGCCGUGGACUUCCCAUCUCGUGCAUAUGAGGAAGCAGACUACAAAUUUGCUUUCCAGCUGUGGUGGGAAUCAAGGAGUCAAACCACUGCCUGCUUUUCUAUCAAUUUGGCUGUGCGAUCAUUUUUCAUAGCCAAGAGAAGAGAGACAGAAAUAUGUAUCAAAGAAACUCUGCAGAAAUAUGCUACGACUUGCAAUGCUACAUUCGACCACCCACUAAAGAAUAGGACUCUGACUGAAGUCAAGUACAUGCCUGGAAAACAUCAAGUUGUGUCAUAUGAAGGAACAUCAUCAUUAGAACACAUGAUGUCAAUCUUGGACAAAAAAGUGGAUGACCUCUGUGUUGCAGCCUUUCGUGUGGACUUAGAAGACACAAAAAAGGAAUGUGCCACAACUGAAGACCCUCUGCCACGGCUAUCUCUGAUAAGAAAUCUUUUGCACCCAAGAAAUGCCACGAAUGAGAGUGCAGAGGCUUCUACAGAAGCUUCAGUGCCUGCGAGCCGGAAGCGUCAUAGUGCAAAGAAACAUGCUCUCAUUUGUGUGACCACAUCUGCAGAUACACUGCCCUUCCUCAGUGAUCCUCUCUGUACUCAUCUUGUCUAUUCAUCGGUGUCCUAUGACAAGGAAGGCCAUGCAUACAUUCCUGCAAAUGAAAAGGCUUUCCGGAACUUUUUUGCAAUCAGGAAGGAAGGGAGUCCUCUACUUCUGGCUGAAGUUGAUAGCUGCAGCAUCGAUUCAUCAAGCAAAAGCACUGCACAUCAGAAUGCUCCUCAGAUACUUGCUGACUGGGUUCAUACCACUGAUCUGAAUGGUGUUGCAAUUUUUAUGAAGGCUGAUGUGAAUGGGACUGAUGAGUGGAUUGAUGAGUGGGCUGACUUAGUAGAUAGACUGUCAAAACAGUUUCAUAUAGAACAUGCAGGACUCGUGCUUGUAAUUGGCAUAGAUCUGAGAAGUCCAUACAGCACUGCACUGAGUAAGGCAUUCACUGGCAAAGCAGACUAUUUAGUUCUUAUCACCAAUAUCAGGCAGCCAGAAGUACCCUGCAAAGUGGGCUUUCCUUCUAGACCUCACAGUGAAAGCGACACUGCAUGGAUGAGCAAAAUUGUACAGCUGUCCAAAAAUGUGACUGUCCCCUGUGUCACAUUUAACCUUGCAGUUCGGAGAUUCCAUUUGGUGCAACCAGGGCAAAUUGGAGAUUUGUGUGACGAAGAACACUGGGUGGACUACUCGGAGACUUGCCGAACAAUGCAGAAGAAUGGUAACAAUCUCUAUGAAACUCGCUACACUUCUGACGAUACUGAAAUAUUGACAUAUGAAGGGAAGGUUUUCAUCCAGCACAAGAUGUCGCAUCUGACUGGCUUUGAACCAGACUUCUGUGUAACAGUCUUUGAAAUAGACCGUGAGAAUCCCAGAGACAAUUGCCCAUCUGAAGGAGUACCCUUCUGGCGGUUACAUCUCAUCAGUGACUACCUUUUGGACAUGGAAAAGAUAAAGUGGGAAAGGGAAUCCUCAUCAUCCAAACCUGAAGAAGUUACACUGGUGCCUGAAGUUAAGCCAGCAUCAAGAGAAAAACGGCAUGAUAUGACACCCAUAACCGAGACUGAACCCAAAGUUAUGACACUAUCCACACCACGAGUGGAGACAAAGGAGCCAUUUGCUUCAACAAGUGAGGGCCAUGUCCACAAGAAGGCUCCAAGAUUCAGCCUAAUCUGUGUGGCCAGCAUGGUAGAUACAUUGCACUACCUUGUGGACGAAGUCUGCAACUAUGUUGUGUACUCCAGCAUUGCCUACAGAGAUAUAGGUCACAAGUUUGUGUCAGCAAAUGCACGAGCUUUUCACAGCUUUCUGGCCCUGAAGAAGGGCAAGAUUUCAUCAUCACUUCUGGCUGAAGUGAAUGCCCUUAAAGCUUCAGGUGCUCUUGAGAAGGAAAACAAUGCUGAGAGUUUCAUCCGUGCCCUUCUUAGCUGGAUGCGAAAAAACAAACUCGAUGGUGUUGCACUAUCUUAUGAUACAUUUGUGACUAAUGCAGAGACCUUCAAGAAUGUGGCUAAGAAAGUAUGGCAGCAUUUUCAAAAAAAUACUGUAAGGCCCGUACUUGUCCUCAGCGUUAACUACAUGAAUAGUCAUGAAACCAGUUUAUCAGAUGAACUCGCUGGUAAUUGUGACUUUUUAAUACUUAUGACACAUGUAAGAAGACCUCAGCGCCCAUGUAAAGUUGACUCUCCAUCCAGGCUGCAUACCAUGGAAGACAGCGAUUACAUGGUUCGACUUUUAGAAGCAUCUAGGAAUAUGACAUCUCCUUGUAUAUCUAUGAACAUGGCAGUUCGGGAUUUCUUCAUUGGAAAAGCAGCUGAAGAGAAAGAAAAGUGCAAGGCUGAGAGUUGGCUGCGAUAUAAUGCAGUCUGUGGCAUUGAUACCGAAAGAACAGACAGCAUGUUUGAAGUUGCCCAUACAGAGAACGAAACAAAUCUCCUUAUCUUUGAAAGCAAAGUGUCCAUUCAGCACAGGAUGUCAAAGCUACUGGGUGAAGUGCCAAACUUUUGUGUGGCUGCUUUCCGAGUGGAAAUGGAAGAUGCACAAAAUGAUUGCCCAAGUCUGGGGAAACCAUUUUCAAGGCUCCUGUAUAUCAAGAGUCUUCUGGGCACAGCCAAAGAAGCAUAUAAACUGCGACGAAGUGUCCCACUUAAGGGAAGACGAAAAGCUGAGCAUGAUGCCUCACGAAGUAUCAUCUGCAUACACGAUUCUUCUGGACCUACUCUGAGGAAAGCUGUGAUGACAUUAUGCAAUUACAUUGUGUUUGCAUUUGUUCCUCUUGAUUUAGCUGGUAUACCAGUUUCAGGAAAAAUACUCGAAAGCUUUCUUGCUAUUACACGGCAAACCAAUACUCGGGCUGUGGCAGCUCUUGACCCUUAUUUUAUUGAUGCCUUGAACACUGGAGACACGAGGUUCUUGCGACCACUAUCCAUAAAGCUAAGACGUUGGGCAAGUGAAAAAAAAUUGGCUGGCCUGGCUUUGGUUCCUCUGGUUUCAACCAAGAUAAGUACAGUGGCAGAACUUUCGAAUGCAAUCUGGACUGCUUUUCAACACUCAUUGGAAGACCAUAAGAUUUUAAUAGUUGGUGUUCAUGCCUUUGAAGUUGAGGAACAUAUUUUGCAACAACUUGGCCGCACUUGUGACUUUCUUGUCUUCAUUAAUCAAGAAGUAAAGCCUGGGCCAGUAUGUCGCACACACUAUCCAGCUAUGAGGAGGCUGGUAUACCAGGACUUUGUGCACAUGAAAAACAUUUCCAGUGCAGUGUCACAUAGCUGCCUUUCUGUCAAUCUGGCUGUGCUGGGCUUCCGUAUGGCACGGUCAUCUGACCAACAAGUGCGCAUUGGAGACCGCUGUGUUGAGCAGAAAUGGAGAAGUCUCUCUGAGGUCUGUCCGACAGGUAGCGAAGAAGAAACCAUUGAACCAGGUUUAGAGGGCUUGGUUCAGAGCAACAACACCUAUGUCAUGAUUUUUGAAACCAAACGAACAACUUAUGACAAGGUGGUCAAGUUUCUUCAAGCACACCCUGAUGGCUGCGUUGCUGUUUUUGGGUUCAAUUUUGAUGACCUUGAUGGCCACUGUUUGAAUGAGCAAGCUUUUCCACGUGUUCGCCUCAUAGCAGAUAUUAUGUCCAAGAACAAGAGUUCACUGUUUUCUACAGCGACAAAGUACAAAGAUGAGCAUGCAAAGGAACCAGAAUUCAAGCAUUCCUCUUUGCUGUGUGUGUUUUCGGAAUCUGCACAACUAACAGACAGCUUCCCUGGAGAGCUGUGCAACUACAUUGUGUUCCAGUCUGUUGAGUAUAUGUUAGCCCUGGACAGGGUUGCUAUCCACAAUGAGGCCACUUUCAGAAAGUUCAAGCGCCUUCCAAGGAACUCUGGAACAUGGAUGCUGGCUGCAAUGACCCAGUUCUCGUGGCUCAAAAGAGCAGCCACAAGGUCUGUUUUCACCAACCUGUUUGUGAAGGCAACAAAACACUGGGCCCUCCAGCAGAGGCUGCACGGCAUUGCCAUGUUCCCAGAAGCGUUAGUACCACCAAAGGUGUUCUUGGAGGUUGCAAAGAGAACAUACUGGGCAUUUAAGAAUAAGCCUAUGGCCUUGGGCCUUGUCGUUGGAGUUCCAGCAAAGGAGCGUCACCUGACAAUAUGGAAGAGGCUGAGCAGAUUCUCGGAUGUUAUAGUGUUUACCAUGCAUCGCUCAGCGCCAAAUGACUUCUGUAAAAUCAACUUUCCUUCUGUUGAACCCUUCAGUAGCAGGCACCUUGAAGAGAUGGCAACCAUAUCCCGAUAUGAACGACACCACGCCGUGGUUUGUAUGUCUGUAAACCUGGCUGUUCACCAUUUCCGAACGAACAGACAUGCACGUGUUGGAGACUAUUGCAUCCGUGAAGAGUGGGAGGACUAUUCACAGGCCUGUGCGAAGAUAAGUUCUAAAGCGACGGUAAACUGGGAAUGGUUGUCGGCCAUCUCUUCUAAUAUCACUGUCACACGCACAUUUGAAGUACCGAGGACGCUUGCAAUGAAAGCCAACCAGUUCUUGCAUCUGAAUCCCAAGGGGUGCUUAGCGGUGUUCAACGUGGAUUAUGACGAUCCACAUGGCACAUGCCCUGAAAAGCAGCCAUUUCCCCGCCUUAUUACACUGGCCAACCUAAGGCAUGCUUCUGGUUCAAGGCAUAACGACUGAGACGUGGCCAAUGGUUUUCCCACAGUUAAUAAAUGUGAUUUUGUUGCUGAAUAAAAGUGUACAUUGUAACAGA